AUGUUGGAAAAAAAGUAUUUUUUUAUAAGUGUUUUCUUAAUAACAUAUUUAUUAUUAUUGCAGAUUGGCGCCCUGAAGAACUAUUAUCUUUUCACUCAUCCCCACGUUCACAAGCGUUCCCUGGACACCAGCGAACACCAUCACAAACUUCUUCGCGAUGAAUCUCAGGUGCACUGGUUUCAACAGCAGCAUGAGAAGAAGCGGAAGAAGCGAGAUUACGAGGUACCUGGAUCUUACAGCUUUGGUAGCGACUAUCCUGGGUUAUUCGAGGACUACUCACCGUCUCGACAGCGUCAGACAUUUCAUCGUCAACGGAAUCGAGGUGCACCACUUCAAAAUUUAUUCACGGAUCCACUAUUCAAGGAACAAUGGUAUCUGAAUGGAGGGGCCAAGGAUGGUUUUGACAUGAACAUUGCUCCGGUCUGGCAGAAAGGGUAUACAGGUAAAAACGUAGUGGUGUCCAUUCUGGAUGAUGGUAUCCAAACAAAUCAUCCUGACUUGGCUCUGAAUUACGAUCACGAGGCCAGUUAUGACAUCAAUGGGGAUGAUGAUGAUCCAAUGCCUCAGGACAAUGGAGACAAUAAACACGGAACUCGUUGUGCCGGUGAAGUUGCGGCUGUUGCCUUCAACCAGUAUUGUGGAGUCGGUGUCGCUUACAAUGCCAGUAUCGGAGGAGUGAGGAUGCUAGAUGGUGUAGUGAACGAUGCUGUUGAGGCUCGAGCACUCGGACUGAAUUCCGACCACAUCGAUAUUUACUCAGCCUCAUGGGGCCCAGAAGACGACGGCAAAACAGUCGAUGGUCCUGGAGCUCUUGCCAGGCGUGCAUUCAUCUAUGGUGUUACCAGUGGUAGAAAAGGUAAAGGAUCGAUCUUCGUGUGGGCCUCAGGCAACGGCGGUCGUCAUACAGACUCAUGCAACUGUGACGGCUACACAAACAGUAUUUUCACCCUGUCGAUAUCCUCAGCAACCCAAGGUGGUUAUAAGCCCUGGUAUUUGGAAGAGUGCAGCUCAACCCUCGCAACAACGUAUUCGUCAGGCACACCGGGCAAUGAUAAGAGCGUUGCUACCGUUGAUAUGGAUGGAAAAUUACGACCAGAUCACAUAUGCACCGUUGAACAUACGGGAACAUCGGCAUCAGCACCCCUUGCCGCUGGAAUAGCUGCCCUUGCGCUCGAGGCUAAUCCUAGUCUGACCUGGAGAGAUAUGCAGUACCUUGUGGUGCUGACGUCCAGAUCUGGACCACUUGAGAAGGAACCAGGAUGGAUUUUAAAUGGUGUUAAGAGGAAAGUUUCCCAUAAAUUUGGAUAUGGGCUCAUGGAUGCAGCCGCUGUCGUCAAUUUUGCUGAGCAGUGGACCAAUGUACCACCUCAGCAUAUUUGUAAGUCACAGGAAAUCAAUGAGGAGAGAUCCAUUGAUCCCACUUUUGGCUAUACACUCAAUGUUAAUAUGGACGUCAGUGGAUGCGCCGGUACUCUCAAUGAAGUUCGAUUCUUGGAGCAUGUGCAGUGCAAGGUGUCACUGCGAUUCUUUCCACGUGGUAAUCUUCGCUUGCUGCUGACAUCACCGAUGGGAACUACCUCGACAUUGCUCUUUGAACGACCCAGGGAUAUUGUUGGCUCCAACUUUGACGAUUGGCCGUUCUUGAGCGUACACUUUUGGGGAGAAAAGGCUGAUGGCAGAUGGACCCUCCAGGUCAUCAAUGCUGGGAAUAGGAGGGUCAAUUCACCUGGAAUCCUGAAGAAGUGGCAGUUGAUAUUCUACGGGACAGCAACAAAUCCAAUAAAGAUUCGAACGCGCCAAUUUAAUCCGGUACAGCAACAGACGAAUUAUCCUUUCUUCCCAAUAGAUCACUCAUUGGUUCUGGAUCAUCUUAUUGGCUCCGACUACUAUCGGUCAUCUGGGUUUCAGAAUUAUCAGGGGUCGUAUGCUGGUGCAGCAUCCAACGUACAGGCGUCGGUGGCAUCCUUGGAUGGCUCGUCGGCGCCAAUUCUUACCAAUCGAUUGCCAGAGGAUAUUGCAGAUGACAUCUCCAGAAAUCUUCAGGGCUCAUUGGAUCCGUCACGAAGGAUUGUACAUGAUUGUGAUCCACAGUGCGAUCAUCAGGGUUGCUACGACAAGGGACCAACCGAAUGCGUCGCCUGUAAGACGUACAGACUUGACAAUACAUGUGUAAGUCGAUGUCCGCCGAGAAGUUUCCCAAACCAGGGUGGCGUUUGUUGGCCUUGUCACGAAUCCUGCGAGACUUGCGCCGGGGCUGGUCAAGAUUCUUGUCUUUCCUGUGCACCAGCACACCUUCGUGUCACCGAUCUUGCCGUCUGUCUACAGCAAUGCCCCGAGGGCUAUUACGAAAAUACUGAGAAUAGCACAUGCGUGCCCUGCGAGGCAAACUGUGCGAGCUGCCAAGAUCGCUCUGAUCAUUGCACAUCCUGUGAGCAUCACUUAGUGAUGCACGACAACAAGUGUUACGCAGCCUGUCCCCUCUAUACCUACGAAACUCAGGACUACAACUGUGCCCCAUGCCACUCGACCUGCGAAACGUGCAACGGCACUUCAGAGAGUCAAUGUAUCAGUUGCAAGCCCUCGCACUACUCUCUCAAUGGCACAUGUCACUCCUCAUGUCCAGCUGGUUACUACCCGGACAAAAAGCGCCGAGAAUGUGUACCCUGUCCCCCUGGAUGCUCGACCUGCGUCACCGCGGCCUGUACCAGCUGCAUCAAUGGCUGGAGCCUCAACAAAAAGAACCUAUGCGCACCAGUUUCUAGAUCAAAAUGCGAUAUCUCCGAGUACUUCGAGGAUAAUCACUGCAAACCCUGUCAUUCGACGUGCGAGACCUGCGCAGGCCCAACUGAUAACUUCUGCAUUUCCUGCCAGUCACCGUUGCUUCUCCAAAACCGAAGAUGUGUCGCCCAGUGUGACGAUGGAUUCUAUUCGGUCGCACAGCCAACAAGAUCCAUUUGUUCACCUUGUCUUCAUACCUGCAAGACUUGCGUUUCUAGAUUGAACUGCACAGCUUGUCAGGACGGGCUUCAGCUGCAGAGUGGCGAGUGCAGGUCAUCUUGUGCUCAAGGAUACUAUUCGGAUAGAGGCCAAUGCGCUAAAUGUUAUCUUUCCUGUAAAACUUGUUCGGGCCCGCGAAGAGACCAGUGCGUCACUUGUCCGCCGGGGUGGCAAUUGGCAGCAGGUGAAUGUCACCCUGAGUGUCCCGAGGGCUUUUUCAAGUCGAAUUUUGGAUGUCAAAAGUGCCACCACUACUGUAGAACGUGCAAGGGUGAAGGGCCGUUGGAAUGCACCAGUUGCCCUGAACAUUCGAUGCUGGAGGGUGGCCUCUGCAUGGAGUGCCUUGGAGCCCAGUAUUACGAUCCUUUAACUCAACUCUGCAAAAACUGUCACUCCGAUUGUCGAAGAUGCUCAGGACCUGGCAAGUUCAGCUGUGCUGCUUGCACUCUUCCCUUACACCUCGACAAACUGAAUAAUCAAUGUGUACCAUGCUGUCAUGGAGAGAAGAAAAAUGAGAGUGAGGAGUGCUGUCUCUGUGAUCCUGAAACUGGCGGCUGCAGGAAUUCAUCGCCAGCUGGAAAAAGGAGGGUUGCAGGGGCGGAAGAGCCUGCCCCGGGGGUGGAGUUUGACACGGAGUUCGAGAGUUUAGAGGCCAAGGGCAAAGGUGAAGAGUUCGCGGUGACCGCUGCCACCAUGAUGGCGGUCGCCAUCUGCGUUGCAGCGGUUGCACUGUUUGCCGCUAUUUUCGUGGCUUUGCAGGCUGUGUCAAGGAGACGAGAAUGCACUGUGGGUUACACGAAGCUGUCAGUGACUGUUGAACCACCGGAGGAAAACGAGGCGGAUGACACAACAGAACUCAUGACUUAGAAUUCACCUAGUAGAUAGUAAAUGAACCAAUUCAUAAAAAAAGGGCCGAAGAAACCUUCAAUGUCUUCGACUCGAGACAACUUAAAAAAUCUCCACAGUGUUGAAACUUGUGCCAGAGGAAGAGGGAGUCUCGAUGCUCUCAUUUAAUAAGAUUUUUCAUCAUGGAAAAGCUACAGUGUGGAAAUUUUGGCCAAGUGUUCCUCAAGUUUCAGGAGAAAAUGAUGAAGAAGAACAUGUCUGCGUGUGUGCUGAUAAGAAAGAUGAUAACAUGACGUGUGAAUGUGUUUUUAAGUGAAAAAUGUAAUACCUUAACGAAGAUGAAGAGAAUUCAGGUGGUAAUGUGAGAACAGAGGAGAUUAAUGUGAAAUGAGAAAUGAGUGUGGGUGUGACUCUUUAAGGUACGAACAACUCGUACAAAAGAAUGAGGGAAAAAAUAUCGUAAGUGCCUGAUUAGUGACACCCAAGUAAUCUCUUCCUACCCCUUUUCACACCUUCUAUUAAUCUUUUUUUACUUUCGGGAUUUUUAUAUCCAAUUCCUUUUAUUUUUCUCAAAUCCCCUAAUCCCUCUUCUUUUAUUCCAUGAUUCACUCUUUCUCAUGAUUGUUUUUUUUUUCUCUGUUUUAUUUUCUUGCUUUAUUGGAGAAAGAUUCAAACGUAAUACAGAAUAGAUGAAGAAGGUAUGUUUUGAGGUGGGUGAAUGAGAGAAAGAGAAAUAUGAUGAGGGAGCAAACUCCUUUUGGGUUUUAUUGAGAAUGAAAAUCUCCUAGUGAUGUGGGGCGUUAGCAAAAUAAUAUGUCGAGAUUGCGAAAUUUUCAUAAGACCAUUCAUUAUUGAGAUAACUUAUCACUUUGCAAAAAAGUUGAAUUCUAUUCAAAAAGGCUUUUAUUCAAAAAUAUCAGAAAAGUUUUUUGUAGAGAUUUUUUUUCACUGCAAAAAAUACAUUCUGAGUAUUUCUUCAUAAAGCCAUUCGUUAUCCACACGAAUCUCCAACGCUAAUCCUUCAAAAAGCGGGAUUCUGCUCAUCAUAAUUCACUCCUUCUCUCUAGUACGAUCUUCGUUUAUGAAAGGGCG